CUAUCUGCCUGGCAUUUUUUUUUUUUUUUAACGUUAACAACAUUUCCUCGCUUGUUGUCACCUGACCCCGCGCCAAGUUGCAUGCAGCAGCUGAGCCCAGCUUUUCUCACAUCAAUAACCCCCCCUCCCCCCAACCUGAACCCAGUACAUUUGCGAUACUGUAUACCUAAUCCCGACUAAUUCAUUCAAAUUCAUGGCCUCCCGAGCACCGCCCCUGCUCGAGCCUUACCUCCACCUACCACAUGAGACCUCGCUCAUCCUGCUGAGUGGGGUCCUAGGGUCCAGCACGAACUGGCUCGUUCACCGCUAUCUCUACACCUUACUAGCUUCACAACCCCCUUCCUCUUCUUUUAUUUCUUCUUCGUCGUUUCGUCGACAACAAGAUGAAUCGCUCGAGGAGGGUGGUGGUGGUGGUGGUGGUGCGGAGGAGCCUCAGCAGCAGCAACACACAAGUGUCGUCUUCGUAAGCUUCCUGCGCGAUUACGCCUUCUGGAGGGACGGGUCCAGACGAUUGGGUCUAGACCUGGAUGUCGCCAGCAAGAAGGGUUCUUUCGUCUUUAUCGAUGGAUUAACCAGUUUAUUCACGCCGGCUUCAGAUCAUCGACGCAAGCAGUCCGUAGUGGACUCAGGGAAGAAAGUGCUGCUUUCUGCUACGACGGAUCAUUUCCGGCAGGUCUUGGAGGACGCCUUAUCUCAUGCCCAGGCUUUGAAUCCGGGGACACAGACUGUGCUAGUUAUAGAUCAGCCGGAUAUUUUCCUCGCUACAGCAGGGGAUACUAUGUCUGGACAGGGCCUUCGAGGUGUUAUCUUGGGUCUACGAGAAAAAGUACAUUCAUGCAUCAUCACUGUGUCUGCAGAUGAACCUUUGAUAGCUGCGCAGGGCACGUCGUUGGAACAGGAGCAUGCCUCUCUGGCGUUAUCGCUGGCACAUGAUGCACAUUUCGUCAUAAGCUUAAGGAUGCUGGAGACAGGCACGGCAAAAGAUGUAAGUGGUGUGCUCAGAAUCACACCUGGAGGAGACGAGGAAAUUGCCGAUGCACUUGUAGAAGAUCGGGAAUUAUUGUACUUCAUUAGAGGUGACGGUAGUGUUCGUGUAUUUGAGCGUGGCCAAUAGUGUGAAGAACCCCAAUAUCUCGAACCAAUUCAUGCCGUCGUUCAGUUCUCCAAAUAAUGACCAUCUGCCCGAGAGGACAGAUGCAUCGCGGCAACUCGAUGCGCGGACCUGGUAUCUCCCGCAACUUCUAUGCUGAGCCGACAUACACAUGCA